UUUGUUGCAAUGCUUCUAUUUGAGGCCUCUGCAACCCCUGCCCUUUGCAGUUUUCCAGACCUUGUCUCUUCCUGCACGUUCUGUCUGCUGACACACUCCAGAACCCGGCUUGUACCUCAUGCUUCCUGAUUCAGCCUAUUCCCAAGUGUUUGAUAUUCUUCAGAACCAGUUCAAGUCAAUAUACGGUUCUCACGGAGCUCCUGACCCUUGAAAACAAUACUUACCCUGCACGCGCCUGCCCAACUCGCCGGCAAAAUGGUGGAGCGGAAGGUCACUUUCUUCAACCUAGCUAUUGUUUUGGCCCUUUGUCUAGGUAGCUUGACCUACGGCUAUACCUUCAGCAUCGUCUCCACCACGCUUGGUCAACCAUCAUGGUUCGAAUACUUCGACCUCACGCAAGACGCCACAGCACCCAGAUAUGACUAUACCAACAGCAUCAUCGGCGCCAUGAACGGCUGCUUUUCUGUGGGUGGCUUUAUUGGCGCCAUCUUCAAUGGCUGGGCUUGUGACUAUCUAGGUCGCAGAAAGACCCUACUUGUCGCCACCCCUGUCGCGAUUGUGGGUGGUGCCUUUCAAGGAGGAGCGGUAAACAUUGCUAUGUUCCUCGUUGGCCGCCUGCUAGGUGGCUUUGCUGUUGGCAUUCUAGUGGUUUUGGUGCCACUGUUCCAAUCAGAAAUCGCACCGCCAGCGACGCGAGGGUUCUUGGUCUCUCAGCACGGUGUGGUACUGGUCUUGGGAUAUUCUCUGGCCGCCUGGAUUGGCGUGGCCUGUUAUUUCUCCACAAACGACCACUUCCAAUGGCGCUUUCCGCUGUGCCUACAAUGCCUCUGGCCAUUGGCGAUGCUGAUUCUGACGCCUUUCCUGCCGGAAUCGCCCAGGUGGCUGUUGAUGAACGACCGACCCAAAGAGGCGUGGGAAAUCGUCCUCAAACUUCACUCGGACGGGAAAAAUGUCGACUCGGAAGCGGCACAUUUCGCCAACGAGGAGUUCUAUCAGAUGCGGCGCCAGGUCAUCGCCGACAAGGCAUUUGCUUCGGAAGAGACUCUCUGGACUCUCUUCACCAAACCUUCAUACCGGAAGCGGAUGGUCUGUGCCUUCUUGACCAUGUUCGGGGCCGAGUCGACGGGCAUUCUGGUGAUCUACAACUACAGUGUAUUGCUGUAUCAAGGCCUCGGUUUCACGGGCAGCUUGCCCCUGAUCCUGGCGGCGGCCUACGUCUCGGUAGCAUGCUGCGGGAACUAUAUCAACUCCCUCCUCAUCGACAGGGUUGGACGUGUCAAGCUUCUACUCAUUGGUUUCACGGGAUGCUUGAUCAGCCUGUGUUUCGAAGCCGCCCUGAGCGCAGAGUACAUCGGCACCACCAACCACGCAGGUCUGAGCGCAGGUGUCUUCUUCCUCUUCCUGUACAUCACCUUCUACGGUUGUUGCAUCGACGCCAACACCUACGUCUAUUGUUCGGAGAUCUUUCCCACCCACAUCCGCUCGCGCGGCUUGUCGUUCGGCGUGGCUUGUCUGUUCCUCUCGACCAUCGCCUAUCUGGAGGCCGCGCCGACCGCGUUCGCCCAAGUCGGCUGGAAGUAUUAUCUCCUCUUCAUCAUCCUCACCGCGAUCAACAUCCCGCUCAUCUGGUACUAUUUCCCAGAGACAAAGGGCUUGUCGCUCGAGGAGAUCGGCGAGAGGUUUGGAGACCAGGUCGCCGUGCAUCUCACCGACCUCACGGACGAGCAAAGAGCAGAGUUGGACAAGGAGAUUGCGGCAGACAAGGAAAGCGGCGCCGCUAUUCAUCUGGAAUCGAAACCCAACAGGAGCGGUGGUGCUCUCGCAUGAAAGUGUGUGCCCUCCAUGAGGGGCCCUCAUGCGGCCAAGUGUGUCAAUUUAGUCCCAUCACAUUCAACGGUCAAGAUGAGAUGGAGCAGAAAGCCAUGGUGGUGGUUUGAGAUUUUACCAAGUUAAGAUAUGACCAUGUACAAAGAUAAUUCACUUG